GUUUAUUUUUUCUUCACGUAUUUUCACAAAAUUCAUCUGAAAUUAACAUUUAAAAAAAUCUAAAAAAACAUGUCGCCAUAGCAUUAAAUAUAACUAAACGUGUCGAGUGUUUUAUUUGGUUAAUUAAAUAAAAAUAAAACAAGUGAAAACCUUGGAAACUUUUGCCAAAAUAUUUUUGCAAAACAAAGAAGACGAGAAAUAAAAAUUAUACCUAUAAAUUUUACUUCUUUACUGCGCUCUGCUGUUCUGUUUGGUGUGAGGGAAGAAAAGUCAAUUUUAUUUAUUUAAUUAAUUGCUCAGAAUGAGCACUACCGAAAUUGACUUGAAUGCGACCACAGCUAAGCCGAACUACAUAGUCCGAGUGACGCCAGCUUCACAGAUGGCUCUAGCAAUAGAUCCACUGAGCCAUGUAGGUGACGGUAUAUUUUUACAAACGAAAACGGCCCAGGGAUUGGCGGGUAUAUUUGUGUGGGCCGCUCUUUUUAUCACCUGCCAACAGAUUUAUCAUCACUUAAGAUGGUACACAAAUCCCCAGGAACAACGAUGGAUAGUUAGAAUACUUUUUAUUGUACCAAUUUAUGCAACUUACUCGUGGAUAAGUUUAUUAUUUUUCAAUUCAGACAAUGUUUAUGUUUAUUUUUUCACUGUCAGAGAUUGUUAUGAAGCAUUUGUUAUUUACAAUUUCUUAUCUUUGUGCUAUGAAUAUCUUGGUGGUGAGGGUAAUAUUAUGUCAGAGAUUCGUGGUAAACCAAUAAAGACAUCAUGCCUUUACGGUACAUGUUGCUUAAAAGGAAAAACUUAUACAAUUGGAUUUUUGCGUUUUUGCAAACAAGCUACAUUGCAAUUUUGUUUGGUUAAACCAUUAGUUGCUUUUAUUAUAAUUUUCCUGCAAGCUUUUGGACAUUAUCAUGAUGGUGAUUGGAGUGCUGAUGGUGGUUACAUUUAUAUUACGAUCAUUUACAACAUUUCCGUAUCGUUAGCUUUAUAUGGCUUAUAUUUGUUCUAUUUUGCAACAAGAGAUCUCCUGACACCAUUUGAACCUGUUUUGAAAUUCUGUACAAUUAAAUCAGUGAUUUUCUUGUCAUUCUGGCAAGGAGUUGGUUUGGCUAUUCUUGAAAAAGCAAAUAUUAUAUCACCAAUUGUUGAUAGUACUGGAGCAACAACAUCGACUGGUACAGUCUCAGCUGGUUAUCAAAACUUUUUCAUAUGUAUUGAAAUGUUGUUUGCUGCUAUUGCGUUGCGUUAUGCUUUCCCAUACCAGGUGUACUCGCGUAGUUGCAUUGGAGAUGGACAUGGACGAUCAGUGACAAUGCAAUCAAUUUCCAGCAGUUUAAAGGAAACAAUGAAUCCCAAGGAUAUUAUGACAGAUGCAAUUCACAAUUUCCACCCACAAUAUCAACAAUACACACAAUACAGUUCAGGCGGUAAGAACUCAAGAGGCAUUCGAGUGUCAUCCUACGAUCCCGAUGAUCCAAAUGCACAAUCCCAAGCCAAUGGAGCCGGAUGUGUUGCAUCAAAAACACUUGGAAAUCAAAGGAAAUUUAUGCCCGGUGGACAAAGGGUGGCUACAAUUAGCCAAAAUUACAAUGAAAAAACCAUGCUGCUGAGCAGCGAUGAUGAGUAUCAAUAAAUUAAAAAAAAAAUAUUUAUUUUUUAUUAUCAUAUUUAUGCAAAAAAAAGUUUAAUAAUACAAAAAAAAACAACAACAAGAAAAAAAAAUUGAGAUUUACAUAUUUAUUAUGAAUGAAAAUUCAAAACUUUUUUUAAUUGGAUAUUUUUAAUUAAAUUUUGAAAUUUGUAUUAUUAUAAAUAUAUAUUGAUGCUAUUAGUUUGUAAGAACUGUAGUUAACUUUUUAUAUAUAUAUAUCGUAAAAAAAAAAGAAAACAAACAAAAUAAGAAACCAUUUAUAUUCCAUUAGUAAAGAAUAACAAAAACAAAAACACAUUACAUUCGUGCGAUUAUUUCAUUGGCUUUUAUUAUUUUUUGUUUUAUAAUUUUUAAACACAUAAUAGUCUUAGUUUGUUUUUUAAACAUACAUAUUUUGUAAAUUAUGCUUUUAUGCAGUAUCUGCUAAACGAAGAGUAUAAAUGUUGAUCCUUCCGUAUAAAUAGUAGACAACAACAUAUAUAAUUAUAUGUAUACAAGCGAAAUAAAAUAAAACAAUAUAAAUUAAAUAAAAAAAAAACAAGUCAAAUCAAAAAAAGGACUAUUUCUGUUUUUUUAUAUAAACAAAUAUAAACGCAAAAACAAUAAAGAGAAAAAUAACAAUAUUUUUAUUAUAAUUGUUAAGAAAAAACCAUAUACUGUAGGUAUGUAUUUUUUCCCUUUUUCAAAAACAAAUAUUUAAAAAAAGUUAUUAAUGUACACAAAUUGUUUUUAUAUUAACUGCCUUUUUAUGAUUUGCCAUAAUUAUAGUCUUAUUGUGAAUUAAGUUUUUCCUAGAUUUUAGCAAAUUCUGUUCACAAUUUAUUUUAUGUAAAAUUGCAACAAAAAAUUACUGCCGUCGAUAAUUUUAAGCUUUUCUACUAAAUUAAGCAGUCAAGGUUAACGUAUUGAUGAAUUUUCAACACCUGGUAUUCGAUUUUUUGGAUAAUUUAUAGGAAGAUUGUGUCAAAUUAUGGGUAACUCUCGAAACCAGAUUUUUUUUGUUUUUGGUCCUGUCAAUUUUAAAUUAGUUUACAAUCACCUUUAAAACAAUUUGUUUUGAAAGUUUUUUGAUUUGCUUGGUGUCUAAAUAUUUGUCCUUUUGUUUAAAUUAAUAUGUUAACCUUGACUGUACAUAGAUUUAUCUACUAAUGGGAAAUUUAUAUACAAAUUUUGUGCACUUUAAAUACAAACAAAAAAAUCAAAACAAAACUUAAGGAAAAUAGCUUUUUUAAAGAACUCAAAAUUCCAAUUACCAAGUAGAUACGUACAAUUAAAAAUAUAAAUCUACACAAAAUGUUUUAAGUUAUUAUGUUUUUUUUUUGUUAUUAAAAUCUUUUAUAUUUAUAUUUAUGUGUUUUGUUUUAAGUUUAACCUAGUAUAAAUUAUUAUUUGUAUAGACAAUUAAAAUUUAUUUGUAACAAAAUCAGAACUGUAUAUUUAAAGAUAUGUGUAUCUUUAAUGUGAAAGAAGAAAAUAAAAAAAAAAAACAAAAAGUUUAAGUAAAUGAAUGAAAUGUCUAUCUUUAAGAUUCAAAAGAAAGUGAGAACCAAAUAAACUCACUUAAUUAACAGAGAAAUGAGAAAAACAAUUGUUUAGAAAUAAAACAGUAAAUAAUAAAUAGUUAAAUAUCAGAGAAACAAAAAAAAGAAA